AUGGGAGGAUUUAUUGACAUGUUGCCAAGAGAUUGUGUAUCCAAAAUUCUUUCUUUCACCUCUCCUGCAGACACAUUCAGAUCUUCAAUGGUGUCAUCCAUGUUUCAUUCUGCGGCGGAGUCUGAUGUUGUUUGGGAGAUGUUCUUGCCAACUGAUUAUAUGGAUGUUAUGUCAAGGCUGAUCACUCCUUUGACAUUUACUACGAAGAAGGAGCUUUUUGUCUGUCUGUGCAAUCCUGUUCUCAUAGAUGUUGGUAGAAAGAGCUUAAAGUUAGAGAAAUCAUCUGGCAAAGUAUCAUAUAUGUUGUCAGCAAGAGAACUUUCUAUAACAUGGAGCAAUGAUCCAAUGCAAUGGAGCUGGAAAUCAAUACCUCAAUCAAGGUUCUCAGAAGUGGCUGAGCUUAGAACAACUUUUUGGUUAGAAAUUCAUGGCAAAAUUAGAACUCAAAUUUUAUCACCAAACACAAGAUAUGGUGCUUAUCUUAUAAUGAAAAUUUCUAAUCGUGCAUAUGGGCUCGAUUCAAUACCGUCUGAAGUGUCAGUUGAGGUGGGCAAUGAAGUUUGUCAUGACAUGACUUAUCUACGUCAUGAAGAUAGAAAGAAGCAACAAAUGGAGUGCAUGCUUUAUAGGAACCGCACAGAAGUGUUGAGUAAGAGAGUGAUAGAGGGCACUGAAGGAAUCUCAAAUGAAAGAAAGGAUGGAUGGAUGGAAAUUGAGCUGGGAGAAUUUUUUAGUGGUGAAGCUAACGAAGAAGUGAAGAUGAGUUUGAUGGAGGUUAAGGGUUAUCAAUUAAAAGGAGGAAUCAUAAUUGAAGGAAUUGAAGUAAGGCCUAUACAUUAA